CACUCCCCGCGAAGAAAGUCACCAGGGGGUGGGGAAAUGGUGACAACUUCAGGAAGCCGCCGCCGGCACCGGGAGACGGCGAAGGGCGGCAGCUCGCUGGGUGGCAGCUCCCAGCCAGCGUCCGCCGCGGCGAAGCGAGCCCCGCCGGCCCGCCCGCUGCCGCCAUGGGCUCCCCGCAGCGCCCGCCGCUGGCCCACGUCUUCAGGGGGACCUUCGUGCACUCCAGCCGCUCGGCGCCCAUGGAGAUCCGCCACGGACACCUGCUGGGGGUGGACGAUAGCGGGACGAUUGUGUUUUUCGAACAAACUGAUCAGCAAGAGCAACUGGCUGAGAAGUGGGGGUUCAAAACAUCUGACAUAAGAGAACUGAGUAACUAUGAAUUCUUCAUGCCAGGAAUGGUUGAUACACACAUUCAUGCCCCUCAGUAUUCAUUUACUGGUACAAGAGUAGAUCUGCCUCUUUUGCAGUGGUUGACUACCUACACAUUCCCAACAGAAGCCAAAUACAAAGACAGUGAUUUUGCAGAAGAAGUGUACACCAGAGUUGUUAGACGAACUCUAAAGAAUGGCACGACUACAGCUUGCUACUUUGCAACAAUUCACACAGAUACUUCUCUUCUUCUUGCUGAAAUUAUAGAUAAAUUCGGUCAACGAGCCUUUGUUGGAAAAGUCUGCAUGGAUAUGAAUGACAGUGUGCCACAAUACAGAGAGAUUACUGUUGACUCUGUCCUAGAGACAGAAAGGUUUGUUAAAGAACUAUUGGAGAAGAAAUAUCCAAGGGUGCAGCCCGUAAUAACGCCCCGCUUUGGCCCUUCCUGCACAGAGGAUUUGCUGUAUGCACUUGGCAAUUUAGCACAGACCUGUGAUCUCCAUGUGCAGAGUCACAUAAGUGAGAAUGAAGAAGAACUGAAACUUGUGGAGAACAUGUUCCCUGCCUACCAGAAUUAUACUGAAUUGUAUGAUAAAAACAAGCUGCUUACCAGCAAGACAGUGAUGGCUCAUGCCUGUUAUCUUUCUGAAGAAGAGCUGGAAAUAUUUAGUCUUCGUGGAGCUGCAAUUUCACAUUGCCCCAAUUCUAAUUUUUCAUUGCGCAGUGGUGUCUUAAAUGUGCAGAAGGUCCUGAAACACAAUGUGAAGCUUGGCCUUGGCACAGAUGUUGCUGGUGGAUAUUCAGCUUCUAUGCUUGAUGCCAUCAGGAAGACAAUGAUGGCAUCUAACAGCCUGCAGAUCAAUAAAGUGAAUGAAACAGGAUUAACACUUGAAGAAGCUUUUCAACUUGCCACUCUGGGAGGAAGCCAAGCUCUAGGGCUAGACAACGUGAUUGGAAACUUUGAGGUUGGCAAAGAAUUUGAUGCACUGCUGAUCAACACGAAGGCUUCAGACAGCCCUUUUGACUUGUUCUCUGCUGAUAAAUUCGAGGAUGCUCUCCAGAAGUUCCUGUAUCUAGGUGACGAUCGGAAUAUUUCUGAAGUGUAUGUGGCUGGAAAGCAAGUGGUUCCUUUUUCAAGUUCCGUAUAAAUUUAUCUCCCUUUUCCAAAAAAUCUCCGCUGAUCAUUCUGCAUCUGAUUUGGAAAAUAUUGCUUAAACACGGUGCCUGAUCAUCAGGAACGACACCUCAUUCUUGUUUCAUGUUUUAAGGCUAAUGAACAUUAGAAAUUUUGUUAGACCUUUCAAGAAUUACUUCACCAAAAUUGUCAGAGUUCUAGAGGAAAUGGAUAUUUAAAUUUCUCUGUAAAAAUAGCAUGUGUGCAUUGAUAAGGGAUUUGGUAAAUACCUUAAUUAAAGAGGACACUUGCUGUUCCUUUUAAUAAUAGUGUAGGAAGCAUUACAAAGAGCAGUGAGACUCUUAUUGUCUGUAAUGCAUAUGAAUUUCAAAAAAGCCAGUGCUAGUAAAUUAAUUUCACAGAUAAUGAAUUUUGUAAAGAAUGCAAUUUCCAUAAUAUUAUCACUAAGUAUGGAAAAAUCAGUGACAUUUUGGGGCAUUUAGAACAUUUUCCAGUUUUCUUCAGCAGCCUAUUUUUUGGAAGUAAUCAUUUCAUUUAAAACAUUGGGGGUUUUAAGAGAAAUUGGAUAAGAAGCAUAUAUUUAUAAAUAAAUAAGGGUCCUUACUGUCAAAGAGUUCGGAUUUGGCAUUCAUAGUCAGAUAGAAGAAACAAAUAAGAAAUGGGGCAUUAGUCACAGGGAGAUGGGCUGGGAGAGUGGAAGGCCUGCAUUGUUCUGUGAUACUGUCAGCUGAAAAUGCAUUUCUGCAGACUUUGUUCCUAAGUCUAGAAGUGGUCUGCCUGAUCUUCUACCCAACUCCAUUGAUUUACCUUUAGCUGAGUGACAGCUGAAUGAAAUGUGUUGAAUUAGAAGCAGGCACUAGGAUAUCUGAGCAGGCUAUGCAAUUGCAAACAAAUGCAGAGGUUUUUCUGAAUCAGAGGGAGUGCUUCAUCUAGUUCAGCCUCCUGCAGAACCUUCCCAAGCUCAUUUACUCCUGGCUGUUCAAACAAGGGGAUAACCAUGACCCUUCUCCUUUCUGUAAGGGAAGUGAGUGGGUUUUUAAAAAAAUCCGGGAGAAAUGGGCUAUUUCUGGCCAUUACCACCUUUGAUUUGAGGUGGAAAUUGUCAAUGGAAAAAGCAGUUCAGCCUUAACGUGCUCUGUGUGGCAACCAUAAUUCCAGCUCUUAAUAAAUCCAGGUAAAAAAUGUUCCUUUUUUGUUUGGGAAAUCUAUGUGACUUCCUUUCUUAAAAAAAUCUAUUUCCCUACCUUUUAUCACCAACUUUUUUUGUUUUGUUGUUGGUUUUUGGUUUUUGGUUUUGGGGUUUUUUUUAAGAUUAUUUUGAGGAGAGCAUUUCUUCUUGUUUCUUUAUUACAUUUUUGUAACACAGAGGAUGUAAGCUUUAAUUUCAGUGUCAACAGAGGCAAUACUGAGUUACUAUAAACAUGUUUUAAGGCCUGCUUCAAAUUCCUUUGAUUUCACUAAGCUUUGUUUGACGCUUCUGUCUCACUGCCUGGUGAUGUAAAGGCACAGGACUUCCCUCUGUUCACAGAACAAGGGAAGUCACUGCACCAAAGUCCUACUUCAUGUCUGCAUCUGAGAGGGUACUUGUCCCAAUGUUGCUGAUAACAUUCUGAUUGUGAAAGCAUAUUCAGAGUUUAUGUACCAUUAUGGUUAUGCCUACAUGAGACAGUAUAGCAUCAAGUGGAAGUGUAAAAGCUAGCUAGCUUAGGCACUUAUGGCAGUUCAGUCUUUCUGGUGUGGCUUUUUUUUGCCAAAGCCAUGUAGCCCUACUGAACAGCUUUCAUUUCCUCUAUGUCAAAUGCUUCUUAAAGCUUUGGGAGUCAAAAUUUAAGGAUUAAGAUUUCCACAUUCCAUCAGGCUGUUUUCUUAACCAUUUUGGUUUUGUUUUUCAUGUGUCCCAAUCACCUACACGGUUGCACACUUGCUUGGCAAAUACAAUCUUCAGCUCUUUAACUUUCACGAUUCAGGGAGCAUUUUUCCUCAUGAAUUUUGACAUGAAUUUAAUUGACCAAAUUUCACGUUCCAAAACCAAAGAUCUGUGAGAUGUGUUUUAAUCCUCCCAGUUAUUGUUUGAAACUAUUUUUAAGGAGUUGCAUGGUUUUCAGCUUUGGCUUUCUUGCAAGAAUAUUUUCUGGAGUGAAGGUUACACAGCCUUGUGUACAAUGUAUGUUUGUGCCCUAUUUCUUCACUUCCAGAGAUAUGAAUUAAAUCAACGCUUUUAUUUUAGUGGUAGUCUUAACUGUCUCCGACUUCAUUGUUUUCCCACUAUUUUGUAGUGCUGUUAAAAAAGAAAUUCAGCAUUUCUUCUUAAAAGAUUUGCAGGGAAGGAGGGGUUACUUCUUUGAAAACUAGGAACACACAAAAACUUCAACAAAUCCGACAUUGUACCACUGGCCCUGUUACAAAGGGGCUCUCUAGAUUACUGCUGCCAAUGAGCUUUGUAUCUGAAUACUGGCUGCAUCGUGAGCAGUUUGAAUCCUGUUAAAUUCAGGCACACAGUAGGAACUCAGCCUUUUCAUUAUAGUUUUUCUAGUGUCUAGUACCCAUAUACUACCCAGACUUGGAAAUGGAGAAUCAACUUUUUAAGAAUCUCAGCUGCCAGAGCUGCUGCACCUGGCAGUGCCCAAGACUGGGAGGAGUGAGGAUUCAGAUGGAUAGCGUGACAGUGGGUGCUGAGAUGCUUAGGGUUAAAGGAAAGAAACCUGAAUUUGAUGUGAGAGGAAGCCAGUGGAGGAAUUAAUACAACAAAUAAACUGGGAGGUACUUUCAACAGCAGCAUCUUAAAAUUGAAUGGAGGAAGACUGUAAUGCCAGAAAUAAAAUUGUAAAGUGAGGUUCCCUGAGGUAGUCCCAAAAGCUUGUUAGUGGGAGGUGGCUUACGCAUGGAAAUUUUAAGUUUUAGGAGAUACAGGGGAUGUUGUAGCCAAACUUCUCUGAAGUAAUCUUGGGGAAAUCAUUGAGGAUCCCACUGUGAAGUUUUGGUCCUUGGGGCUCACUGGCUAUGAGUAGAUUACCGAGAUACUUGAUACAAGAGGGGAGGAUCAGUAGAUUAGAGCAGUACUGCUGAGACUUACACAUCUACAAUGCAGUUUAAGACUACAUACAGACCAUUUCCUUGGGUAAAUGUCCCCACUGCAUAUGCAGUUUGAAGCAGGCCAAAUAAUUGGUUCAGGCUCUUAAUGUCUCUUUUAGAGGCUGGAGUAUAUUGGGCAUGCAGCUGAGCCUCUGGUGCAGUUUCCUCCAAAAUAAACUUAAUCCUUUUGCAAAACUACCCUGCAAACUGAACCAGGGUUGAGUAGGGGAGGGUGGUUGGGGUAGGACAUGACUAUUCCCACUCCAUCCUCUUGUCUCAGAACUUAGCAGCUGAAGACAAAUUAAAGCAACCUCCUUCCCUCUUCCUUCCUGUUGCCACCAUCCCCAACACCGCCGCCCCCCCCAAAAAAAAAACAACAACAAAACAACACCCAAAAAAAAAAAAAGGAAUUAAAAAAUUAGGCAAACACUAAGGGGAGAUGAGUAACUGGAAGAAAAGAAAGGGAUAAUUUUCAGUCUGCGUAAAUUGAGACAGUGCUACUGACUCAAGGUAAAACCUCUGGAAAAAUGUACAUGCAACUGUUUCCAGAUGUCACUCCCCAUUUGUUCUCUUUCCAGACUGUGGAUGGGAUCUUUCUUUCUUAAUGUGUCUUUGUGUUCAAUGUUAGCACACCACUGAGACACAGGAAAAAAAAAAAAGGGUAGUUUGUGGAAAGCUUGCUUGCUGGGACAAUAUGGUUACUGUGUUCUAUGUUCAGAUGAGCACUUAUUUAUUAUAAAUGGAAUGUAUUUGAAUUACUGUUAUAUGUUGAUCUCAUUGUGUCACUUUAGGUUUUAAUGAAAUGCUAGUAAGUAUCGUCUGUGCAUUAUUCAGCAUUAUUUGAAUUAUUAAUGUAUGGCAAGUGGAGUUCUGCACUUUAAAAUGUUGCCUUGGCCUAAUGUUUGUAUUUAUUCUGUGUUUUCUGUGCAAUCAGAAAACUUUGUAGGAAAAAAAAUGUGCAUUUGUUCACAUCCUGAACAUUUUCAGUAUUGUAAGUGGACUUCCUGUUAGAAAAAGAAAAGUUAAAAUGACCCUGAUUAAAAGUCCGUGCCUAAUUAUGCACUCAUGAAUGAAAAAAUUGUAAUGGUUUUAUGAAAACUGACACAAAUACUAAUGUUUUAAUUUUAAAAUAUUUACAGAGAAAUUGACUUUUAAAAUUUUAAUCUUGAUUUUGCAGUGCAGAUUAGCAAAAGUUAAUAAUUAUUGCUAAAUGUCUACUGUUCUACUGAACAAAGGAAAAUGUAACUAUUCUUAGUUACACAUUUUAAAAGAAUACACAAGUCUUGAAAAAUAAAAUCCCAAGUGCUUUCAAAGAAUAUCCCAGUUUUAAAAGGAAAAGAUUAACAUUGCUCGGAGAAGCUGUUUCAAAGUACUGUUUUAAGCAUUUCCAGGAGCAAUCUGUAACAGAUGAUAAAGUGGACAGCUUUUAAAAUACUGGAUUUGCACAAAUAAAUCAUGCUACCUUAUCUGCAGCCUGGUGUGCAGCAGUGGUCGUUGUUUCUAAAAUGAUAGUGUACAACUAAAAGGUAUUUAAAAAAAAGCCAAGGGAUUCUGAAAAUUUGAGAAAGGACUGGGGAAAGAAAAUGAGAGGAGAUUGGAAAAGGGUGCUAGCAGAAUACAAAAUAAUGCAAAGUAGAAGGAAGCUAGAUCAGAGGAACUCAUGAAAACAAGAUGACAUGUCAGUGAAGUUUUAGGUGGGAAACAGAAAAAAAGAUGUUUUCUGGCAAUGUUCUGUUAAAUCACAGCCCUCAUCCCUUCUGAAUGUCAUUGUUGCCCAACAACUGAGCCUAUUUCCAAAGCAGUUACUUACAUACUUAAUUAGACAAGCCCAAAUAAUUGUAGCUAAUCAUAGCAUAAUUAUAUAACACUUCUCAACUUCUUAACCUCUACUUCAAGAUUUAAAUCAAAAUUACCUGUAACAACUGCAGAAGAAACCUAAUGCAAGGGCACGUUAUGCUUUACCUCCACGUGCCCUGUGAAACAUUUGGCAUUGGCCAGGCCAGAGACUGAGCUGGUCUGGUCCCGAGGAAGGCUCCGCUCCUGCAUGCCCCAGAUGUCAUCCCCUGUCAUGUGCCUGGUGGCGCAGUGGUGACCAAGUCUGGCACAGGAAGACACACAUCUGGUGUGACUAGAGUAACUGAAAAUAAGCUGCUUUAAAAGUCAGAUUGUUUUGAAGUUAAGCACACUGCAGAGAGCACAGCAUGUUUUAAAUUACAUCAGCGUAUACCCAAUAGUGAACUUCUAGGUAUUAGGAACUUUGACUUAAAGUUGCUGGUCUGGUUUUGGUUUUUUUUUUAUAAGCCCUUGUACAAUAUGUGCAACAACUUGUGCUUCUCUCAACAGAGAAGCCAGCAAAUUACAUCUGCAAGGCUCUCUGUAGAAAAAGCAAUAACAGCAGCAACAAAAACAAUUAUUGGGAAGCCAAAAGGACAUCAGCAACAUCAACAGCAAUCUGUUGUGUAAAGCUGAUAGAACUGUUAGUUUUUCUUGAAAGGCUGAGCAAUGUUUUUGGAGGGAUGUUUCCUGGAAAUUUCAUUGGAAAUUCUUUCCUGGAAUACGUCCUGAAUCAGAGUGUACUCCAACCACUGAGGUCCCCUGUGGCUUCUGUAGAGGCAGUCACUUCUGUAGAUGUGAAUGCAAUAGUCAUGCCCAGAUCCACACUUCCUCCCCGGUCAGGACUCAGAAGCAUGGAUUUGCUUUAAUUCUGGCUUUAGUUUCUGGCUUCUCAUACACUUGGUUUUAGUAUGGAAAUAACUAUGCUGAAUCAGUGAAGUUGGGAGAAGGAUAAGGCUAAAAGGCAAUCUUACACCCGCCCACCUAGCACUUUGACUCAAAAUAUUUGUCCUGUCAAGUAGAUGUUACUAUGUUUGCACAGGUCUUAGUGAUUUGGCUUCAUGACUUGAGUCAGCUAGUAACAAUCCAAACCAGCCAAGACCAGGAUGUAAACUGUGAGCAGCUAAGAAAAGCAUAAAAAUGUUUUACCUUGAUCUGCACUUCAGUUACCAAAGGCUUUGCUUAGCCCAGUGCUCCUAGGCACAUUUAGGUACAAAUAUACCCUGGAGAUAAGCCUUCAGUAGAAGGGACUAACAUUAGUGACAACUGAAGGCUUUGAUCUCUGUGUCCUAUCUGGCCUUGUGGCUUUGGAGCUGGUUUAUGUGUUCCUUUAAAGAGCUUUUACUGAUGAUGCUUUUAAAAAGUAGUUGCAGAUAUGCCUUAGCUGAGGAAGUUUGCAGCCCUUGCUUCAAGAUGAACCUUCUUUCCCCAAGGGAGAAUUCACAUCUUGCUGGAAUAAGCGCUUCUGAUUCUGGUCUGCUUGUUGCCUGUUGUGUGUAGGCUCUGGUUCUUUCGUUUGUGAAAAAUGCCUAACUGGAUUUAAUGUUGUUGAAUUUAUCCUUCCUGUUGUACUCAUGUAGUUUCAAGCAAAAGCAAUGUAUUAGGGAUAGUGGUAUAUGUGAUUUCCACUGUUCUGCUUGGUUUUAGUCAUGCUAAAAGGGAAGUCAUGUACUGUUGAAACAAAUAAAGAGGCCUUGUGUUUACAGCA